UCUCGUUGCAGGUGUCCUCCGUCUCGCUGACGCGGACGAGGCUUAAGCAGUUUAACAUCGCGGAGGCAUGUAAAACAUCGCGGCUGAUAACGUGUAAGAUGACAAGCGUCUGAUCCGGUCUGAAAUCUGAGCGCGAGCGACGCGCGAGAGACGCGCUGGUGUGGAUGAGAAGACCCCCGCUGGGUGAAGCCGCGCAGCAUAUGUUAGCUCGCUGCCAUUGACUGGAGAUGGAAAUGGAAGCCGAGCGGCGGAAAGGCAGCGAGACGAUCCGCGAUCUGAACCCGGCGUCGAGAUAAGCGCGAGAUGUGGCCUGAUGUUGUAAUCGACCACAGCACCGGGAACAUGCUUCCACCGGGCUUUUCUCUCGCCAUGAGGACGAUGGUCGAUCACUUGCAUGUGGAGAUUCCACGCUGAUCUGCACAGCACAUGCACCCGAUGACCCCGGCGUCGGAGCAACAAUGUCCAGCUCCAAAGCCCCCACCUUGGAGAGGAACAUCAGCUCGGACCCCUGGCUCAGCAGCGAGGAUCCGUCCACCGCCAACAGUGUGGUGAAGAUCGUGCUGAUAUCCCUCAUCGUGUGCGUGUCCCUCUUUGGGAAUGUUGUGGUGCUCCUGGUGUUUCAGAGGAAGCCCCAGCUGCUGCACGUGGCCAACCGUUUUGUCCUCAACCUCCUCCUGGCCGACCUCCUCCAGACCAUCUUGGUGAUGCCGUUCGCCAUCGCCGCCACCGCGCCGUGCGUCUGGCCGCUGGACGCUCGCCUGUGCCAGGUCUUGAUCGUGCUCAUGCACCUGUUUGCUUUUGUGGGCGUCAACACCAUCAUCGUGGUGUCGGUGGACCGCUACCUCGCCAUCAUCCACCCUCUGUCGUACCCCACACGCAUGACGCCUCACCUAGGGACCAACCUGAUCAUCUGCACCUGGGUGCUGGGCUUCCUGCAGAGCACCCCGCCGCUCUACGGCUGGGGGACCAUUGACUUCGACAGCCAUCACAAGGUCUGCUCAGUGGUGUGGUCGUCCAGUCUGUCCUACUCCGCCGUGGUGUCGGCCUUCUCCUUCUGGCUGCCGGUGCUCAUCAUGCUGGGCUGCUACUGGAUGGUGUUCCGAGCGGCUCGCAGGCAGAACGCGCUUGUCCAUCCCGUGCAGACGCACUCCUACUCCCAGGACCCGCAGAGCCAGAGCGCACUACAACAACCGCAGCAGGCCGAGGAGCCGUGCGCAGCUCGAGCGUACCCGCUUCGAGCCAAACACCGACGCUUCCACUACCACUGCAAGGCAGCUCGAGUCGUCUUCGUCAUCAUGGCGUCGUACAUCUUCAGCAUGGGUCCCUACAGCGUCCUCAACAUGGUCUCCAUGUGCAGCCCAGCGGUGAUCCCCACCUGGCUCAGCUCUCUGGCGCUGGUCCUCUUUUUCCUGCAGUGCUGCCUCCACCCGUACAUUUACGGCUACAUGCAUCGCAGUGUGAGAAAAGAGUUCCUGGCUCUCCUCUGUGGGCUUUUCUGCAAACAAGGAGGCCCGCGGCAGAGCUCGGCGGUGGAGAGCUGCUUCACCGCCACAGAGGGCCGGUCUGGAUUACACAGCCAGCCGCCGGCUCAUCGGGUGUUCCCGCUGCAGACUUGGGAAGAGUGCACCACAACUUCCUCCCCCACCUUUGAGAGGAGGUCCAAGGGCAGCCGCAAGGACACGGCGUCGACCAGCAUCAGCUCUGAGAAGGAGCUCACGGUCCACAGCAAGUCUGAUGCUUGAACACAACAUUCACAAUGUUCCCAUUUCAGUCAAGGUGUUUGUUUGAAGUACAAAAAUAUACCUCUCACUGAAUACGCCGUUUGGAGGCCUUGUGACAAAGUUUCUUUAUUCACCUGUUUAGCUGCCAUUACCUUCCCUUUCUGAGGGUGAACACCUUUUAAAAUUCAAAUUAAUGUACACAAGGGCCUUUUGCUGGUUGAACCGUGGGUCCAAACGUUAGCAUGGUGAGACCUUUCCAAGUCCAACCAUGUUUAAUGUAAGACGCUGCCAUACAACUGUACCAGGCAUCUUUACAUCCAGUCUGUCCUUCACCCCACUAAAAUGGCGUCAAACACAAAUGAACAAAGCACGGGGAAGUAAAUCAGCUGUUUUUAGUCUCUCAAGUUGUGUUUAUAAGUGUGUGUACAAGUGUGUAAACUGCCAUUGUGUGACAGGAAAUGUACUCAACUGCAGCUCAUUCAGAUCAUUUAUAUAUAUAUCAUUAAAAACUUUUUUUAGCAUUUAAAAUAUCAUUGAUAGCAGUGCUGCAGUCAAGUGUAGAGACCAGAACCGGUGAGGAUGGUGAGACCAAGGCCGAGGGACUGACUGACCAGUUGUGUUCUGUUGGUAACAUUUCACUUGUUUUAUUUGAAAAUAUAAAUUCUACUUGGACUACAAUACUAGUUGAUAGCAAUGAGCUAUUGAUUGACAGUCAGUGAUUCAUGUAAAAGCAGAAAAAAACCCCAUAAUCGAUUUAAAAACUGAGGCCAUUGUAAAUUAAAAACUUAUUUUCCAGUUGGGCAGAUGACACCAUCGUACAUGAGCUGGUACGACACUUGUUUUUACAUCUCAGAAUUGUGCUUUGCCUUUACAAACCACGAGUGCAAUUUCCAAUAAAUGCAUUUAAUUGUUAGUUUUACAUUCAACAAAUUGUAAAACAAAUGGGGUUAAGGUAUAAAAAGCAUGCUGUGACACUUAGUGUUUAAAUAGUCAAUUGUUAAUAUCUGGUGCGCCAAUGUAGUUACUUGAUAAUGACACGUAUUAUAUGUAAUAUAUUACUUGAAUUAAGAAGAAGGCUAUAUUGGGGGAAAUACAAUUCUAUUUUAAUAAUACAAAUAUAGUAAUUAUAAGUCUAAAUAAACAGAUAUAAUAUAAAUAGGUGACAUAGUAUAUAAAGAUAUAUAUCAAGAGAGCGAGAGAGCAAGAGACAGUCAUACUUAGGUAGUGAACAUCAGUAUGACUCAAAGAUGUUAGUUUGUAGAUGAAUAUUCAGAAGAAUUUAUUGAGAUUUCAUCAGAGCAUUUGAUCAGCCCAGCUGGUGUGCAAUUUAUUCAUUGUUUCAUGGCUAUUUAGCUUUAUUUUCUAUGAACCUCAUGUGACUCAUUGCCUUACAGUGUCCUUCUGUAUGAUUUAAAGUGUGUUGUAUAAAAUCUAAUGUAAAUAAUAUGGACGUUUAGAGAGAGAAGUCACACAUUUAACAGUGUAUUGUAGUUCAUGUUAAUGUGGUGAUGUUGGAUUGUGCUUAGUAACGGCUCGGGGAAAGGUUUUUGUCCGCAUGAAGGAACUCGAUGCUGUUUCUGGCUACACUUGCCGCUCAUCAACUCAGGGUGUGUUCUCAAAUUUAGGUUCCCAUUUCUGGACCAAAUUGUGUUUGAAACGGCAUUGGUUUUAGUCUCAAAGCGCCUUUAAAAUGCGUGGAAAACAUUGGGUGCCUGCUAGUGAACAACACAAGAGGAGUGACUGUGAUGAACCUGCGGGUGUGUUUUUGUUCGCUGUGUUUCGAACCCAACGUAAGCAGCGUGUGUGUGUGCACGUGUGUGUCAAGUCGUGGACAUUUAGUGUGCGAUCGUUGAGAUCAUGGAGUGACUUCAGGAUGUUGCCAAAGGAUGACGGAGCUUCAUCGCAGCAUUGUAGAAAAUACUUGAACCAGUACAUGAGUCACUUUUUUUUUGUAAGGAAAACAAAAGACUGGUGCUGCCUGUUGUUUAAAUCGACUGCGUUCCGUGGAUCUGAGCCGCAUGUUUCUGGACACUACCAGCCGACAAUCAAACUUAGGGUUUGUGAUCGUACAGUCAUUUGCUCACUAUACACUUGAUUUUGAACUGCUUUAAAAUGAUUUAUGUGACUUCUAUUGUGAUCUUGGUACA